AUGGGAGCAGGACAAGUUAAUCCAAAUGGUGCCCUUAAUCCUGGCCUCAUAUACGAUGCAACGCCCCAAGAUUACAUCAGUCAACUCUGCUCGAUGAAUUACACGCAACAACAAAUCAAGACCAUCACAAGAUCAAGCAACACUUGCUCAAAUCCGUCCUCCGACCUCAAUUACCCAUCGUUUAUAGUCUUUUACACCAAUGGAACAACGACUAAGCUGGUUCAGAAAUUCCAGAGGACCGUCACAAAUGUCGGAGACAGAGUGGCAACGUACAAGGUUAAGGUGACCGCACCAGAAGGUUCGAUUGUUAAUAUAUAUCCAACAACAUUGGUGUUUGGAGAGAGAUUUCAGAAACGGAGCUAUACUGUAACUAUAAGUUACCAGGGGAACAGUUCAGGAGAAGUUACAUUUGGUUCACUAAUUUGGGUUGAGGAUAAUGGAAAGUAUGCUGUGAGGAGUCCUAUUGUUGUGUCCCCUGUGAUUAAGACUUGGUCACCAUUUGUUUGA